UGUGUGUGUGUGUGUGUGUGUGUGUGUGAGUAUGUUUGUGGGUGGGUGUGUGUGCCAGCAGCUAACACCUGUUCACCAGCUCAGUGUGCGUUGGAGAUGUCAGAGGAAACAAACGUGUCUGUGUCUUCAUGCUUGUGAGAGUGGGACCUUGUGAGAUGCAGGGAGACAGCGUGGAUCGCCUCACCCCUAUGCUGUAGGUCAUUGGGGAGCCAGCUCCACACCAUCGAAGACCGGAGCCUUUAAGAGUUAACACACCAAGACGGUGGUGCUGGAAACCGUUCAACUGCCUGAUCAAGAAUCUUGCCCUUUUUUCUGAGAGAAGUGGGUCAUGGUAACUGAAAUCGCAUCAGCCCAAAUAUGACCAGCGCUACAACCUCAACCCUCGACAGUCAACUGUUCACCACAUGGAGUCUGAACAGCUACUCUGAUGGGUCCGUGGUUGUGCCAGGCGGCUACUCGGGCCGUCUGUGGACGGGCGAGUGCCAGCCCCAGUUCUGGAGCAAAUACCAGGUGUGGGAGUGGCUGCAGCAGAUGAUGGACGUGUACCAGAUCGACGCCUCCAGCAUGCCCCUGCACAACUUCGAUGUGGACGGGGGCCAGCUGUGCAGCAUGAGCUACCAGGACUUCCUGCACGCGGCGGGCAACGUGGGCACCGUGCUCUACCACAGCCUCGCUGAGCUCAGGCUGACUGAUCCGUGCCAAUCAGAGUCAGUACAUCAUGACGUUAAGCCAACAGAGUUUGACUUCUCGUGUCCAUACCCAGACACAGUCUACCCUUCUGCAGAUGUCUGUGAUCCCUCGUUUACUUCCUUGCCACCCCUUGGCUCUCCCUCGUCCUCUCGCACAGACACGAAAAAAUCACACAUCCGCACGGAUCAAGUAAAAAAACACAAUCCGCGGGGCAGCCACCUGUGGGAGUUCAUCCGGGACAUCCUGCUGUACCCGGAGCGGAACCCGGGCCUUAUCAAGUGGGAGGAUCGGACGGAGGGCGUGUUUCGCUUCCUCAAGUCGGAGGCUGUGGCGCAGCUAUGGGGAAGGCGUAAGAACAACAGCAGCAUGACUUAUGAGAAGCUAAGUCGAGCGAUGAGAUAUUACUACAAACGGGAGAUCCUGGAGCGAGUGGACGGACGCAGGCUUGUGUACAAGUUCGGAAGGAACGCACGAGGCUGGAGAGAACAGGAGACGUGAAUUUUACUGACACUUAUUUCAUCUAUUUUCUUCAACUUUGCAUGUAUUGGCCUGCUUGAUUUUCUUUUUUUUUACCAAGGCUUUACUGAGAUACUGUCAAUCUAUGGACUUAACAUAGCUUGCGUACAUUUGGCAUGGACAUCAUUUCCUCACUCCACUUCUAAGCAUUUCUUUAUUCUUUGUCAUAGUACCACAGCUUCUUUGUACAAUCAAUACCACUUUCAAGAAACCUCCAACCAGGUAAAACAUUUUUUCAAUGGUUUCUCCUUCUCAAUCCACAAAAAACCAAAAACUUCACAAGCAGGAAUCUUAAUGUGUAUUUAUUAAUAUGUGUGACAGACUCAAUGUUAGAUGUGAAUAUUUAAUAAUUUAGGAGACCCUUUUAUCCAAAGCGCCUUAGAGUGAAUUUGUGAUAGAUCUCUGAUUCAUGUUACGAAUCAGGUCAUGUCUUGUCUACUGGGCGGCGCCAUCGUGCACAAAGGCCACAGGUAGACCGUCAGUACCGGAGUACCUUUAACUGGGAUUCACCCCGACCAAACCACGAUCCUGUCCACAUGUAGCAUAGGAAAGCAGGUGGGAAUUGAACCUGUAUCUGUAUGGUGAUCACGCCGGCUGAGGUGGUACACAGACCUACUGACCCGUGUGUGUUUGUAUCUCCUUUUGUGUGGAAAUGUGACAGCUGCCCUGUCAUUCGGGAACAAAUGUCUCCCCUGCUCGGUUUUCUGCCUUUACAUGUGCUCAGAAGUGCCGCCCCGAAGACAGCAGAUUCACGUGUGAUGAAGCAAUAAAGGGUUAGAGAUUUUCCACUGUCACUUGAUCUGGGACAUUUUCCACGUGACGUCUGAGCCUGACCGCUGCGUGGUCGGAUAGUCAAUGUUUUUCCAAAGUGUGUUGUUUGUCAAUCCAAAGAUUUGUUGAAAUGCUUUCUACUGUUGCUACUGGGUUGCACAGUAUUUGUUUUUCAGUGUGUGUUGUAUGAAAUAAAGGCGUUUUUUUAUUCUAA